AUGAGUACGCAUCCUUCUAGGCAGGCAUACGUGGAGGAAGAUGGAGAGGGCGACGCAAUGGAGGGCAUUGACCUUGCCAACGUUCCUAUCGAUCGCGAUCACUUCAUGCCCAGCGCCGCUCCUGGAUUGGCAAAUGAGAAAGCGUCCGAAAUACUCUCUCAAUUUGACCGCAAACGAAGAGCUGCGCAGCUGAUAGUUCCUACCGCCGAUCGUGAUGUGAAAGCCAAACUCCGCGCGCAUGGUGAACCGAUAACGUUAUUCGGAGAGGGCCCAUCUGACCGGCGUGAUCGUUUGCGCGCCUUCCUUGCGGAUCAAGCUGAAGCCGCCGGUGAUGACCAAGAUGUUGCGAUGCAAGAUGCAGAUACAGGCACCGAUGAGCAGGAAGAGGAAUUCUAUACACAGGGUUCCGAACUCCUACUUAAUGCAAGAAGGCACAUGGCAACCUAUUCGCUGCCUCGUGCGAAAGAGCGAGUCGCAUUUCAGAGGCAGGAAGCUACUAUACCACUCAAAACACACAUCGAGUUCCGCAACCAAAUCAAAGCACACAUACAGGACAUUGAUCUGUACGGUUCACAAACUUCGGACAGGCCUGUGGGGAUUGUGCGAUUCUCCCCUAAUGGCCAGUACGUUGCUUGUGGAAACUGGGGCGGAAAGCUACAGCUGCUCGAAGUCCCAAACCUGCAAGUGAAGAAGUCGUACCGUGGAGGACAUAAGGACCGAACCUCUGGUAUCGAUUGGGUACCAGGAGCGACCCUCCCAGACAGUGGAAUAUCAUCCUCAGAUAUCAACUUCGCAUCCGGAGGCGGAGGGGGCAAAAUCAACCUCUGGUCCUUGGAUUCCGAUACACCUUUAGGUACUUUGUCAGGUCACAGUGAGCGCGUAUGCAAGAUCGCUUUCCAUCCUUCUGGGCGCUAUCUUGCUUCUGCUUCUGAUGACACCACCUGGCGUUUAUGGGACGUACAAACCAUGCAAGAGUUAUUAAUUCAAGAGGGACAUUCGAAAGAGGUACACACUGUAAGCUUCAACACUGAUGGUUCCCUGGUAGCGAGCGCAGGAUUGGACAGCAUUGGGCGUGUCUGGGACAUUCGCAGUGGACGUGUUAUUUUCAUGAUGGAAAGCCACAUUAAGCCAAUCUACGGACUAGAUUGGAGUACAGAUGGCUUCCGUCUUCUCUCUGGUUCUGGAGAUGGCUUCAUGAGGUGUUGGGAUGUUCGAGCCAUGCGAGAAACAAAUGCCAUCGCCGCAAAUACCGGCGGUGUAACUGAUCUACGAUGGUUCAAAGGUAGUGAUGGACCUGCGAGCGGUCAAACACUCUCGCAGAACGAAGCUGGCGAAUACAGACCGAAAAAGGCUUCUACCCUUGUGGUAUCUUCUGGUUUCGAUUCCAACAUCAAAGUUUUCUCCGCUGACGACUGGGCGCUUUGCAAAACGUUGAAAGGGCAUACUGGAGCAGUCCUCAGUACGGAUAUUUCAAGAGAUGCCGCCUGGAUCGUCAGUGGUGGCAAAGACCGGACGAUUAAGCUGUGGUCAAGAGACGACCAGGAGGGAAUUUGA